GUGACCCAAACAGCGGCCGCGCGACAGGACCGUCGCUUCCGGUGCUGCUGCCGCCGCCUCUGGGAGGGGGUCUUUGGAGCCGAGCCGGAGUGAGUUUGGUGUAGCAGGUCAUGAUGGAGUGCACGGCCCUGGAGAGUCUCAUCGAGAUGGGCUUCCCCCAGAACAGAGCAGAGAAGGCACUGGCCCUGACAGGAAACCAGGGCAUUGAACCAGCGAUGGAUUGGCUAAUGGAACAUGAGAAUGACCCUGACCUAGACGAUCCAUAUGUACCUCCCCAGGGCCAUGUGCCGAGCACGGAGGAGCCUCCCGAGGGAAGGACGCCUGAGGCAGUACAAGGUGGAACAGAGCCCACGUUAGAGGAGUUAGCUGAGGUGGACAACCGGCAUACCUUGAGUGAAGAAGAGAAACGGGAGCAGACGAAAAGGAUGAUGGAGCUGAUCUCUCAGAAGCAGCGGGAGCGAGAGGAGCGGGAGAAACGAGAGAGCAUUGAGCGGGAGAAGCAGCGCCGGAAGCAGGGCCAAGAGCUCUCCCUCAUCCGCCAGAAGCUGCAAGAGGAUGAGAUGAAGAAGCUGGCAGAAGAGAGGCGCAAGGAGAAGAUGGAAGAGAAGCUGGCCAAGCAGCGGGUGCGAGAGAAGAUUGAACGAGACAAGGCCGAGAGAGCCAAGAAGUUUGGCGGUGGCUGCAGCAGCUCUUCCCAAGCCUCCAACCCACCUGAGCCAGUCGCCCCCACGCUGGUUCCCUCCUCACCUAGCCAGGAGCCCCCUGUGAAGCGAGAGUAUGAUCAGUGCAGGAUACAGGUGAGGCUGUUGGAUGGGACGUCACUCACACAGACCUUCAGAGCCAAAGAGCAACUAGCAGCUGUCCGACUGUACGUGGAGCUGAACCGUCAGGAUGGUGGCGAAGAGCCUUUCAACCUCCUCACGAGCUUCCCCCGGCGUGUCUUCACUGAGGAAGACAUGGAGAAGCCCUUGCAGGAGUUGGGUCUGGUGCCUUCAGCUGUGCUGAUUGUGGCCAAGAAGGGGAACAGCUGAAGAGAAGACCCUCUUUGCGCUCUCCACUGUGGUCUCAGCCCUCCUUUCUUUGCAGCUGCUGGAGGUGAAUCUCCCCUUGUGCUUCGCCUCUGGGUGCUGCCCCUCAGCCCCCCCCCCAUUGUCCAACAAGCUCUGGCCACAGAGACUCCUAAAGCAGUGACCUCACUCUGGCUGGGAUACAGAAUCAACGAUGAUGCGUGGAAGCAGGAAGGGUGGUUCAGGGGUUUGACCUUCCAGUGGGGAGGGGCAGCGUUGCAACUUGGCUGCCCACUCGGGCUGCCCAUGAAUAAAACCUCUUCUCUCUCCUG